AUGAUAACCGCCUCAGAGCCACUGGAAUUCAUUCCACGAGGCCGUCAGGCGGUGGAGCAACACACUGGACCCAUCACCGCCAGGCAGGUCCCGCCGGCUGAAUUCUUGCUGUUGCAGCGUAUGCAAGAUGUUAACCUUUCACUUGACGAGGAAAAAUCGGUGGACGAGUUCUACACGCUGCGUGCCGUACCGAUUGGGUCGUCGCCACAGCGAAAAGAGACCGCGAGCGGGAAACGUUAUGAAUUGCAAGCCAUUGCGCCGUUCCAUUGCACCGAAGAGGAGUUGUACGUACGUGGUAGUACGGCCGUCUGGACGCGUAACGCUGGCGGUAGUUGUAUCGCUUCAACCGGUCUUCUUCAGACUGCUCUAACUUGUGACAAUGCCAUCAAAUUUGCAUUUUUUGCUCCGGCGCGCUUUCUCGUUCCGGAUACGGAGCCUGCUGAAAACGGGGAUACCGGCACACCUAGGACCGGAAUCUGUCUCGUGGAUCGUGAUGUGUUGCAGGUGUACUGUGACACCGGUGAAACCUAUGCUGCCAAGGUAGAAUGCCCAAUUGCAGCCAUUUGGCUUAUACCCUGCGGCAUUCUCUUGGAGAAGGACCCUUCCCGGUCGGUGCUGGAGACGGAAGCAAUCCCAAUGCCGCGCCUCUUUACUCUUACCUAUCCGACCGACGACAUGCGACCGGUUCUGCUACAACAUGCUUCCAGCACUUCGGUAGCCACGUACCUUACUGAACCGCAGUACCGUGUUGUGUUCACGUGCGAACAAUUGGAGUUGGUUCUGUUAUACGACAAGCAACGGGACACGCACUUUGUAUGUCGCUUGCGGCCAGCGUCAGAGUGUCCACCACCUUCGGAAUGCCCUCUCCAAGGAUUUGGUAAUUACAGUGCGGGUCAAAAGUCUAGCGUCGGGGGUCGAACUUCCACUGGCGGUCAGUACAUCACACCGUCUACAAGCAUGUACAAAAGUUCACUACUCGCACGCCAUCAUAACGCAUCGACCACUCAGCGAAGCUUGGCUUCCAGCCGUGUGCAGGGAACGGAUUUGGGUGGCAGUGGUGGAAUUGCACGAGACAGCAACGCUAGUCUGGAUGCCACGACAAGUAGCAUGGUUGGCGGUGGUCGCGCCUCAUCCAGUCUCGCCAUGUCGCAGCUCUCUUUUCUCCAGUCGAUGCUGUGCGAAGAAGUGAACGAUUCGCACGAUCAUCGGCGUUUCGGUGUGGCCGAACCUUCGAAGCCAAUCACCGCCGAGUGCCUGGCGACCGUGACGGCCGAAUCGACCGAUAUCGAGCUCGAUGCAAAGGCUAACAAAAUGCACCAGAUAGAUUCCCUUAAUCUGUUGCUCUACACUUUUCUUCUCACACUGACCGUGCUAACCAUUUGGUUGUUCAAACACCAUCGAACCACCUGGCUACACGAAACGGGCCUGGCAGUUAUAUACGGACUCAUCGUUGGUGCCAUCAUUCGUUAUGCGGGUACUACUACGCCAAUAAUUCACGUUGCCGUCGAACCUGAACCGGACGUUAAGUUUAACCAAAGCCUCCCACCCGAUACACUUUGGCUCAAGUUUCCGGGAAUCCUUCCCCACGGAUCCGAUCAACCAGUGAAAGCCAACAAAACGUAUACAUACAGCUUCCGGGGGGAUCUGGGCAACGCCGAGGAAAAUGAGAUCGAUCUUAAAGCUACCUUUGAUCCUGAAAUAUUUUUUAAUAUCAUUCUACCACCGAUAAUCUUUCACGCUGGUUACAGUUUGAAAAGAAAAUAUUUUUUCCGAAACCUAGGAGCAAUUUUGAUGUUUGCUAUAAUCGGUACAACGCUGUCGGCAUUUUUAAUUGGAGCCCUAAUGUACGGAUUCGUGCAGCUGAUGCCAAAACUCAAAUCAAGCUUCACGUUCCUGGACACGCUCUAUUUCGGGGCACUGAUUUCCCCGACCGAUCCUCUGACGAUUUUAGCCAUCUUUAGCGACAUGCACGUCGACGUCAAUCUAUAUGCACUAGUUUUUGGAGAGAGUGUUCUCAACGAUGCAGUUGCUAUUGUACUCAGUGGAGCUAUACAAAAUUACGGCGAACACUACUCGAGCAAUGGAGAGUUCGAAGGGCAUGCCUUUCUCCGUUCGCUGGGCGAUUUCUUCAGCGUAUUCGCUUUCUCUCUAUUGAUCGGAGCCUCGAUGGGCUGCGUUACAGCUAUGAUGACGAAAUUCACGCGGAUACGAGAUUUUCCGCUGCUAGAAUCUGCUCUCUUUGUGCUAAUGUCAUAUAGUACGUUUUUGAUUGCCGAAGCCGCGGAGUUGACAGGUGUCGUAGCGGUGCUCUUUUGUGGAAUUUGUCAAGCUCAUUACACAUAUAACAAUCUGUCGGAUGACUCUCGAAUACGAACGAAACAAAUAUUCGAGCUACUCAACUUUCUUGCGGAGAACUUUAUCUUUUCGUACAUAGGCGUAUCAAUGUUUACUUUUCCAAAGCAUCACUUCGAUCCAUUGUUCAUCUUUACUGGUUUUAUGUGUGCGGCAAUAGGGCGUGCUGUUAACAUUUAUCCACUAUCCGCUCUACUAAAUAUUGCUAGAAAGCCAAAGAUAUCGUGGAAUUUUCAGCAUAUGCUGUUCUUCGCCGGGUUGCGUGGUGCGAUGUCGUUUGCACUUGCGAUCAGAAAUACAGUGUCCGAUGCGCGACACGCCAUGUUAACAACGACAUCCCUGAUUGUGAUUACCACUGUGAUUAUUCAAGGCGGUGCUGCAAAUUUUCUGUUAAAUUGGUUAAAAAUUCCUGUUGGAGUAGAUGAUGAAACUGAGGUGUUACCUUUCCAAGGAGUGCGUAGC